UUGUAAAACACAGGAAAACUUCCCGUCAGGAUGUUUUCCCCGUAGGGGUUUUGCGGCCAAGAAAAUAGCUUAAAAGAGAUGUAAAAUGUUUUCGCGGGGCGGUAAUCCUGUGGAAGGCUGUCAUGCUGCCCGGCCGCGCGGCGACUUGGUAAUGGUUAGAAUUUUUACAGAGUCUUAAGGCGUGAUCAUCUUCCGUACUGACGAUGAGGAUGCUACACAUCGUCCUGGUGCUCCUGCAGCUGGGAAGCAGCAGACAACAUCGACCGCUACCUGAAGGAGCAGUGGGGGUGGUUGCGGGAGCGCAUUUCGAGCCGAUACCUCAGGUAACAUUGUACACUUCAUCGGUACCAGUAAAUUUUAAGGUUGCUUGGCCAAUGCAAUUAGAUGACAUUCAGGAUAGUAUCAAAGAAAUCACUUCUUGUCCCUCCAAUAGUUCAAGUGAAUGGUGUGUUAUUUUCAAAGAAUUAAAACAUAGCUUAAUUUAUACUGACAUGCUAAUUAAUAAGGUAAACGAAGCAGCAGGGGAUGACGUAUUGGAUUUUCAGUCUCAAGUUCGGGAAAGACGAGGGUUAAAUUUCAUUGGAGAGUUUUUUCAUUGGUGUUGUGACAUUGCCGUCAAUAGUCAAUUGAAUAAUCUUUUCCUAAAUGAACAACAAAUGUCAGAACACAUAAACAAGAUGGAAUCACAAAUUUUAAACACUCAUGAGGCACUGGCAAAUAUGAGCAACACUAUUUUUGUUAUAAACGAGGGAAUGACCGGAAUUCUAAAAAGAGUACAAUCAAAAUUCACAAAUUUGUCUGAUUACUUAAAAGACCUCCGAGAGACUAUGGUGACUAAGUUUUCAGGAAUGGUUCAAGACAUAGGACAUUCAUUCCAGUUUCAGGUACUGUUGGCCUCUCAAUUAGCCAAACAAGCGCAUACAUUUACAAGACUAGAGAUUCUGGACCAGUGCCGGUCAAAUAAAAUACCUGCCAUUGUAGUUACACCAGCUCAAUUGAAAGAGAAAUUAAAUAUGCUAAAUGAAAUUCUUAAUAGGGAUGGUUAUGCGUUGUCCAUAAGUGUAUCAGAAGUUCAGAAAUAUUUUAAUUUACCCAUUUGUAAAUGUCAAGUCCACAAGGAAAAUUUAUACCUUCAAAUUAAAGUACCAAUUGUUAAACUAAAUUCCAAUUGGAGAUUGUUUCAGUUCGUCGCAGUCCCAUUUCAGUGGAAGAACUCAACUUGUCAUUUGGAUCAUGCUCCGAAUUUUCUGGCAGUGGAUGGAGACCAUCUAAUCACUAUUCAGGGUAGAAAUUUAUUAGAUUGUAGACCAUUUGAAGAUAAAUUGUGUUUUGUUCCCAGGUUCUCCGGAGAUACCCUAGGUAGUGCUUUGUGUCCAAAGGCUCUUUUUCAGGGGAUUACCGUUGAAAAUCUUAGUACCACAUGUGCGUUUCGAUGCCAUUCCGGAAACCAACUGAUGAUCACCCAGGCUGGACCAGAGCGGUACUUCCUAACAAACCCGUCAGGAAAAUUAGACUUGCAAUGCAUGAAACAUAACAAUGAAUCUUUAUUUUUAGGAAGUGGAGACAUCCUCGGAGCUGUAGAUAUAGAAGUACCGUGUGAUUGUCGUUUGUAUUUAAACCAAGAACUUAAAAUUAACGAGUUGUAUCCAUGUGAUGCGUUAACAAAAUCUAAAUUUCAAUUGGUACAUGUAAUACCAGCUGCUUGGACGAAGUUACGUAAAUUGAAAAUUUUCCCUCAUCCUACGUCAACACAUACAGUUUUUCCAUCCUUAAUGGAUUGUUUAGAUGAAAAUUGGCCAACUCUAAUACCACAUUUAAAUUUUUCUUUGACAAAGUUUGAAACCCCUUUAGACCCGAUUCAUUUAAGAGAACCAGAAAACGUACCAAGAUUUGUAAUGAAAAACUUACAGAGUAUUGCGCUUUCCAUUGUAAGUAGUGUAUUAUUAUUUAUUAUUAUUAAAAAUCCAUAUCUAGUAGGUAUUGGAACGCUACCAAGAGUAUCCGCCUUGGACAAUGUUACUACCCUUGGCAUAGAAAUAAGUGUAACUGUAAUUACUAUAUUGGUAAUAGUUGGAAUGUUUUUAGUUCUGUUAUUAGAAUAUCUGAGAAAUCGGAAACCCCUCAGUAUGUCUGUAGAAAUCUCGACUACAGUAGAAAAUGCUGUUCCUUCUACCAGUGGAAAGGUAGAAUUAAAAGACAUACUAGCCAGAGAUAAUGGUUGUGUAGCUAAGUUAUCCAGUGAAACUGGGGAGGAAUUGAAAGUAACCAUUUCCAUUUGUGAUGAUCAGUAGUGAAUGAAUUUUGUUCAAUGUAAAGCUUUACCUACGAUUAGAAAAAUUAGAAUUUGAUUAAUGUUUAUGUGAAGGGGCAUGCGCCCAUAAAUAAUUUUUAUAGAACCAAAUAACGAUGGAGGGAGAAUACCAGGUUCAAUAAGGGGAAUUAUGACGUCAGGACUAAUCAUUGAGAAAGUGGGUGGGAUCCUUUCCGUAUUCCCAUUUUCCACCAUAACCCCCCCCCCCCCCCCCCUUGUGUUUUUAUUAUUCAAGAAGUGACAUUGAUAGUUUUCGUCAAUCGAAGAGAAUGACUUUUGAGGCGGACUUGUUAAGGGCAAUUUCGAAAGGAGUGCUGUGGUGCAGCUCCAUCCAGAACUCUUGUCCCUUCUCGAGUUGGGAGAAGGCGCGUCGUUAAGGGUCAGCCAGAUACCACGUGGGCCAGUUGGGAGAAGAGGACCUGCUUCUACCCAUUGCUGCGGGCUGGUGCCCGUAUCGUCGAAUCGUGUGGUGAUGCACGAUUACCAGGAGUAUCAGCGGUU